AUGGCGGGCACUCGGCCAGUGCCAGAUGAGGGGGACGACGACGAGGGCUCUGUCCAGCCCUACAUUGUUGGUGAGCGCCAGGGGACCGAGGGGGACCUGGGUGUCAGGGGAGGCGCCCAGAGCCCGGAGCAGCAGGCGCUGCUGGCUCGGCAUGGACCGGCUCAGCCCGUCUUCGUGGAGGGGCCGUUCCCCCUCUGGCUGCGCAGCACCCACCUGUGCUACUACGUGUUGCGGGGGGACCCGCUGCCCCCCGACCUGCGGGUGAGCCUGAUGGACCCCGGGGCUCGGGAGGGGACGGGACAAAACCUCCUGCGGCGGCGGAGCAGGCGGGGCCGUGCUCCCCACCCUGACCCUGAGGGGCUCCCAGAGCCGAUCGCCUGCCCCUAUGCGGGCUGUGGGCAGGUCUACGUCGCUCUCAGCAGCUUUCAGAACCACGUCAACCUGGUGCACCGCAAGGGCAGGACCCAGCAGUGCCCCCAGCCUGGCUGCGGGAAGAGGUUUUACCUGGCCAACCACCUGCGCCGGCACAUGGUCAUCCACUCUGGUGAGCGAGUUCACUUGUGUGAGAUCUGCGGGUACCGCUGCCGCCAGCGUGCCUCCCUGACAUGGCACAUGAGGCGCCACGGGGGGCCAGGGCUGCGCCCCUUCCCCUGCGAGCACUGCGGGAGGCGCUUUGAGCGCCCCGAGGGCCUCAAGUUCCACGCGCUCAAGAGCCACCCCGAGCCCCGCGGAACCUAG